CUCUAUUCUACACAGCUGGGCCUCUGGAACGAGUCGAGAAUUUCUUCCAUGACCCGCUCGAGUCGAAGCUUGGUCGAUGAUCAUUAUCAUCGCCCCGAAAACAUGGGCCUCGGGAUACCGACCUUCACCGAAUCCUCGGCCUCGCACUCAUAGUGAACCGACACCACCGCUUAUAUAGACAUGUCUGCUCGUCAGGUUCCUCCUCACGAUGCACCACUUACACGAUCUCUGAUUCACCGUGCUCGAGUCUCAUUCCACGGGUGAUAUUUCACGAUGACAAUCCGCAGCGAGCCCGAACAGCGUCCCAAGAUCGCCAUCAUCGGCGCCGGACCGGGCGGUCUGACUCUGGCUCGUCUCCUCCACCUUGCCAACAUCCCCUUCACGAUCUUCGAGAGCGACAAGUCCCGCGAGGCUCGCCGUGUGACCGGAGGCGUCCUCGACCUCCAUCCCCAGUCCGGACAGCGUGCCAUCCGGGAAGCCGGUCUCUGGGGCAUCUACCAACAGCACGCCUCCUACGACGCCGAGGCGCUGAUCAUCACCGACCACCACAACCAGGUGUUCUACAACACCAACGGCGCCAGCCGCGGCCGACCCGAGAUCGACCGCCCCGUGCUACGCGACAUCCUCCUCGAUUCGAUCCCGGAACGCCACGUCCGCUGGGCCCAUCGCCUCCAGCGCGUGGACCUCGACGGCACGUUGCAUUUCCCGCACGGAACCGAGACGGGGUUCGACCUUGUCGUCGGAGCAGACGGGGCCUGGUCCAAGGUCCGCCCGACGCUGGGCUUCAUCCCCCCCUUCUACUCCGGCGUCGUGUGUCUGGAGCUGCGGAUCUCGCGGCCCAGCGAGGUCGACCCGGCGAUGGACCGCAUGCUGGGGCCCGGGUCCUACCUCGCCUACGGGGGGGACGAUGACAUGGCGCUACACACACAACGCCAGGGCGACGGGUCCCUGCGCACGUAUGCGCUCCUGCGCCGGCCGGAGUCGUGGCUGCGCGAUUGCGGCGUCGUCGACCUCGCAGACCGGGAGGCCGUCACGGCGCUCCUGCGCCGCGAAUACGCCCACUGGCACCCCGACCUGACGCGUCUGAUCUCGCGCUGCAACGAGCCCGUCGUCAACCGCCCCCUGUACAUGCUGCCCGUCGGCCACCGCUGGCCGCACCGCAGCCAUCUCACGCUUCUGGGCGACGCCGCCCACCUCAUGACCCCGUUUGCCGGCGAGGGCGUGAACACCGCCAUGUGCGACGCGCUGAGCCUCGCGCGCGCGAUCAUCCACCACUACUACUACUCGAGCACCCUGGAUGAGGAGGUGCGCGCCUACGAAGAGGAGCUGGCGGCUCGGGCCACCAGAGUCCAGCAGGUCACCUGGGAGGAGCUGCUCGGGAUGUUUGAGCCGAAUGCCGGACAGCGGCUCGCGGAGCGAUAUGACGAUCUGGUCGCAGCUGGGUGAGGAAGAUAUGCAGGGCGCCGAUAACUCCGUCGUAAAUUAGGUGGGGAUGCGCGUCUUCCUCGUCUGGGGGUGUACGUGUGUCCAUCUUCGUCCGUGGUGAGGCCAAGUAACUAGUGUAAAAUAGCCAUCAUUCCAGUCUAGACACGAACUAUUGUACUAUACAUCUUAAAUAGAG